AUGUCAACCCUCCGCAACUCACAGGGCAAGGCGCGUGCGUUUUGCAUCAAGGGCCGUGCUUGCUCCUUCGUGCCGGGCCAAGAGCGGGUGGCCGAGGAGAAUUUGUCCAAGGCACUGAAGUUGGACCCGCAGCUGCUGGAUGCUUGGAACGGCUUGGGCGAGGUCUAUUGGAACAUGCAGGACAUUCCACAGGCGCAGCGAUGUUUUGAACAAGCGCUUGAGAUGUGCACGCCCAAUCCGGUCUCCUUGCGGAAUUUGUCCAUGGCGCUUCGUGCGGGAGGCGGCCAUGAUGAUGCUUCUCAGGCCGCCUCGCGUCGCCAGAACUAUGCCAAGGCGCUGGAGAAGGCGAAGGAAGCCGUGGCGCUGGGGCCAGAGGAUCCCCUCAACUGGGAGACGUUGGGGAACGCCUAUAUUGGCAACUUCUUUGUGAAUGCCAAACGGCCGGAUGAGAUCAAAAGGGCCUUGAUUGCAUACGAGAAGAGUGAUGCUGCCUACGCCAAGUUGGGGAAGUGGAACCCAUCGUUGCACUUCAAUCGGGGCAUGGCGGCCAAAUAUGUGGAGGACUACGACUUGGCACUGAGAUCCUUCGCUCGGGCGCAGGAGAUUGGUGCCGUGGGUGCUGCGGAGGAGCGGCGCAAGGUCCUCGAGCUCAUCGAACAGUUGGUGGAGCACUUGGAGAAGAAGGGCGCCCGGAGGACUCGGAGCUUGAAGGAGACGGGUGUGUUUUGCUGCCCCACCCAGCAACGCGAUGCGAUGCUGCUCGCAUGGUGUCGCAUGGAUGCUGUCGUGCGCUUGGCCGUCAUGUGGAUCAGUACCGAAACCUCAAGGCAGCAGACUCAGACGACUCCAGACCCGCCGCUCGCCGCAGCCGAGUACUUCAGUCUUGGCUACUGUACGCGAGGGCCCGGCCCAAAGGCCUUCAGUGCUUUCUCCGCUCCAACUCCACCGGAGGACGAAGACGCCGGGCAAAGCAUGGGGACGCGUGGCACGCGUGAAGCCUUGCGCGGGGCACGCGUGAAGGCAGCCCAGCUGCAGCAGGCUGCAGAGGAGGCUCGAAAGGAAGCUUAUGGUGGCCUGCUGGUGCUUGGGAAGCUGCUCAUCACUUUUGUGGUGCUCCUGCUGAUUACUUACCUGGCGCGUAUGGCACAUUUGCGACAGCUCAAUCAGGCACAGAAUCAGGUGAGGACUUUAAAAGCAGAGCUGAAUAUGGCCCAGAAUGAGAGCGCCACGUUCCAAGGGCAGCGGGACCUUCUCAGGUCUCUCCAGAUGGAGCUCCGCAGCGCUCAGAGCCUCGCUGAGCGGCGCGCUGCUGCGGCCGAGCAGCGGGACGCUCGGUGUCCAACGAUCUGCUGCUUGAGGAUAGCGGGCCUGGGAUGGCUCGUCUCAGUCGAUCGACUUCGGCCAAACCACUGGAGGGGCUUUUCUUCGGCAUUCGAGGCCACCGAGCUUCUCGGCGAGCGUGAAGGGAUCAUCAAGGAUCUGGAUGAGGAGCUGGAGGUGGCGGGUGCAGUGGUGGAGCAUUUGAGACAAGAGUUGACCAUGGGCGGCAUGGAGCUCCGGAGUGCGGCGUUGAAGGACCAGAAGGUCUUGGCCGAGCUAUCGAUGUUGGUCACCAAGCUGCUGGAGCGUGGCCACCGACGACAGUUUGCAGAGGAAGGCCUGAUCCGAGAUCUGCGGCAAGAGAUCGAGGACACUCAUCGGCGUGCUAACGCCUCAGCGGCCUUUGCGGCAGCAGCCUCGACAGCUGCUUUGCAGGAUGCGAAGAAGCACCAGACUGAACUGCAAGGUGACCUGCAGGUGGCACAUGAAGAAGCGAAGCGACUCAGGAGCGGCCUCGAGUCUGUGGAGCACGAGGCCAGUGUGCGGCAGGUGCAGCUGCUACAGGCCAACCAAGAGGUCAAAGACCAUGAAGUCAAGGCGGUCCACAAGCUUCAGGAGCAACUUCACAUCAGCGAAUCACUGGUGAAAAACCUCCUCCACCAGUUGUCAACGGCAGACGACCAGCGAAAGCAAGGAGAGCAGAAACUCUUGAGCCUGCAAGAGCAGCUUGAGACCAAGGACCUGCAGAGUGGCAAGCAUCUGGAGACCGCUUUGGCGGUGAAGGUCCUCUCUGUGCUGAAGCGGGCUGGUGAGGUGCCCGUCAUCGCCGUGUGCUGCGACUCGUCCGGAGAGUAUUUGGCACUCUCCAUGUACAAUACGGAGCUGCCCAAGUUUGAGCAGGUGGUGAUCCCCGGGAGAACCGUCUUGGCAGUCGAAGAGGCGAAGCUCCGACAGAUCUCAGUGACAGCGGCACCGCAUCAGCUGAGCUAUUCCUGCGUGGCCGUAGGCAACCCAGCGGAGCUCACUGUGAUCUCGGGUGGAGCGCCAGGCAGCGAAGCGCUGCUGAAACUCAACGGCCGGCCAAUGGCGAACACCGUCGCGCUCUGCCUGGCGGGGCUUUUGCAUAGCCUUCCACGCACGGCGCAGCGGCUGCAGCACUUCCUGGCAGAACCGCUGGGCGCGGACGUCUUCGUCACGGGGCCGCUGCUCGAACCGGAGGAGUGGCUGCAUGGAUUGGCAGAGCUCAGGACCUUGCAGACCGUCCGCUUGGAGAAAGAAAAUGUGACGGCAGCCUUGUACAGUUCCAAGUCGCCCUUCUUGGCCGAAGCGCUGAAGAUCCGUGGGAACUGGCUCGGCUGUUUGGACCGAGAGCUUCCAGAGAGCAGAGGUCGAGACAUGCGCCGCAAGGGCAGCGGACUUUGCCUCAUCUAUGGGCAGAAGCAAUGCAUGCUGAUGAUCGAGGACUGGGAGGCUAAGCGUGGCAGGCCCUACGAGCGCAUCAUUUUUAGCCGACCAGACUUCCAUUGGAUCGCUCCUCACAUUCCACUGUCCUACCUCUCCACCGAGCACAUUUGGGUCAUGGAUGGUGAGGACAACGGUGGCCUCAAUGACCGUCAUUGGAUUUUCCCGCGGCAUUUGAUGCGAGUGGUCCUGGGCGCCUGGGAUCAUAUUGUCGACGGCUUCGUUGUAUGGAUGCACCAGGCGGCACAGGUGCUACCCUGGUGGGGUGCGGAGACCUUCUUCGGCCUCCGCUUGAUGCAGCUGGGCUAUCACGAGCUCAUCCGGCGCCUGCCAGCUUAUCAGCGUGGAGAGGGUAGCAAGAACCAGUCGUGAAACUUGUCCAAUGGAUUGGAGGCAAUAUGACAUCAGACGGCAGUUGCUUUCCCCAUGAGCAAGCACAGCAAAUGGAAGCAUGCAAAUCAAGACUGGGUGGAACCUCACUCACCUUCAAUUCUUCUCAGUGAUUCGUUCUGUGUCGAUCUUGUCAGUGAUUCGUUCUGUUUCGAUCUCACCAAAGACAGGGCUUGCAAUCUUGUAAAGUGCGAACCGCAUCCAGUCGCAUCAUUCGACUGUUGAGUGAUGUUGAAUGAAUCAUACCCAGACUCAGACACUCCAUGUAUGACAGGACCUAUUCACGAAAGCUAGCCUUAGCUAGCUGGAGUUGCUCUUGCUUUAGCAAGUUAAGUGACGGGGUGGACGCACCUCAGAAACC